UGAUAUGUUUGUUGGCUUUUACUGAAGAAGCUUAUAAAUCUGUGUGAAGGCAUGUCAUUGGUUCCAAUGGCUAAGAAGGUAAUUUCUCCACAGCAAAAAUCACUCUUGAUUUCAUACCUGGAAGAGCAUCCACAAUUAGUGAAACAAAAACAAGGAAAUCAGCAUACCAAUGCCGACGCAACAAAGUUAUGGCAGGAGCUAAGUGGAAAAUUAAAUUCUAUUCCAGGGGCCAUGAAAGGAUGGAAAGAAUGGAGAAAGACUUGGAGUGAUCUGAAAACCCGAACAAAGAAAAAAGUUUCGGAGAACAAGAAAGAGCAUAAUAAAACAGGUGGAGGGCCUCACACAGGCGACAUAAUCGAUGCAGAGGAUGACAAAAUUUUGGACAUCAUUGGAGGAGAUAUUUUAAUUACUGGUCUUGAUGCUCCUGAGGUGGGGCUACCUUUACCAGAAAAUAAAAAUUUUGAUAUAAGUAAAUGGGAUUACUUAAAAAACACCCAAGAAAGUGAAGAAAAUGAAGACAUGGUUGUAAUGGCUAACAAAAGACCAUCAACAUCAAAAGGACCCUUUAUUUCGACAGUUAGACCUCCUGUGAAGGCAUGUGGCACGUCAAGGAAUCGCCCUAGGCAGGCCACCAAUAGGGCUGCUUUUGAUUUAGUUAAAGCUACAGAAGCAACUAAUACAAUUCGUGAGAAAUAUUAUGCUCGUAAACUAGAAAUAAUGGAAGAAAGCCUCCAAAUACAGAAGAAACAUCUUGAAAUCCAACAAAGGAUUGCAGAUGAACUAGAAAGGUUUUUGGAGAUAAAAAAGCUAGAGUGA